GUUAUAAAAACCUAACAGUUGACCAUGCAUUGCUGAAAGGUAAUGUCAGUUUGCUAAAAGAAAAACUUGCCCUUGCAGAGAAGAAUAUGAAAAACUGCAGUGAUAUUGUCGUCAAAAUGAAUACAAUCAUCAGCAACAUGAACAAAACAGGCCCCUGUCCAAGACCUCCUCCGCCAAAUAACUGCAUUAAUUUACAAGUUGCCCUGAACCAUCUGAACGUGACCUGCAAUAAUGAAAGACUUAAAGCAGAGAAUUAUAGGAUCUUGAUGGACUUCAAACUCCAUCAAUUAAAUGAAAACUGCUCAAAGACAACAACUGAAUGUGCCACAAAAAGUCGUUUAGCCACUUCUGAAAAUAUACAGCUUCAAAGGGAUAGAAGACCUGGAGAGUCAGAUAAAACUGCAUCAAGCAUCCUGUACUGCAAUUGAUAAAACGUUUGGGAUGGAGGUACAGAACUUAAAAACUGUGAUUGAGAAAGCAAUACCAUCUGGAGACCACUAUGAUUCAACUGCAACGUGUAGACGAAUAUCUGAUUUGGUUAUCAACAGGAUUGAAAGUACCUUGGUCAAGUUAAGGCAAGAUGUUAACAUUUUUGUCUAUGAAAACACCCAAUUGCAGGUGACCAAAGCACGGAUUAAUGCAGAUCUGGAGAAGUGCAUUCAUGACAAGAACAUUGUCACUUCAGAGAAAAAUAACCUAGCAGAAAAAAAAGCUUCAAUAGAAAAAGACCUGGGAACAAAAAAAGAUGAACUCUAUGCGUGUCAGUCUCAAUAUUUAAAAAAGGAUGCAGAGUUAGCAAGCUGCCAGAAGCCACCGAUGCGACCACCAGUUCUAUUUCCACCACUUCGUACUUAA